AUGCGACAUCAGGGUGGCGGUUCUGGAACGUUUUGGAUAGUUGCCUUGGUGCUUUUGGCAUCAUUGAUUGCCAUAGUGGUACCACUUUCGAUUCAUUUUGUCAAUUUGAAUUCAUCCAAUGAUUCAUUCGACAAUUCACCAAGUCUGUCUAGUGCAACUAGUACGCUGACAUUUGCUGAUUCUUCAACUCAAAGUUCACAAAGUUCACCUCUGACUACAUUUAGUCGGACCUCAAGUAUACCGUCUGGAGAACUCAAUCAACUAGAGUUUGAUUCCUUGACAGAACACAACAAUAAAAGAGCUCUUCACGGGGUUGGAAAUUUGACAUGGAACUGGGAAUUGGCACAAUUUGCUGCGGAUUAUGCCGCUUCAGCAUUAGAUUGCAAUAACUUGCAACUUAUACAUUCUGGUGGACCAUAUGGAGAAAAUUUGGCUGCUGGUUACGAGGGAGGGUUUCGGCCCGUAGAUGUGUGGUAUGAUGAAAUCAGUCUUUACGACUAUGACAAUCCAGGUUUUGCAGAAGAAACUGGCCAUUUCACUCAAGUGAUUUGGAACGCAACAAAUGAGGUGGGGUGUGCUUAUGUCGAUUGUCAUAACCAAUGGAGCCAGUAUACUAUUUGUGAGUAUCGACCGGCAGGUAAUAUUGUCGGAAGCACCGAUGCACAAACUCGUCAAUUGUUCAAUGAAAAUGUGCCGCGGCCGCUCAGCUGA